GACGGCAAACGUCAAACGCAUCAUCAAGGUUUGUUUGUGUUUGAACGACCAUCUUGCGCACUUCUCGAGAAUCUCGGUUAUCUCGGUUUCUGGCUGGCCAAUGUGGAAGUGAUAUGUGCCGUAUGGUGAACCACGGGGAUCGAACUGAGCAACGCAUUUUCUACCGAGUAAUGUAAUCAGUCAGGGCAGUCCAACCCGGGCACAGCGCGGCGGGGAAAUGUUAGUUGGCGGCCGAAGAAAAGCGGAAACAUGGGUGCACAGCUUUUCGGUGGACAACGAAACGCGCAAGUACAAGGGCUUCACCGUCUACCGCAUCACCUCCAUAGUGUUUCCACGCUCCGCACCCGAAGCCCUGACCCGUGUGAUCCUCUGGAAGCGCUUCAGUGAGGUAAAGAAGCUGUACAAGGAGCUGGUACGGCGGCACCGAGAGCGCCACCUGACAGGAACGGUACCGGAGCUAACCGAGCAGUCCUACUUCAAGCGCUUUGAUCCGUCGAUCAUCGAGCAGCGUAAGCGGUACAUACUGCGUCUGUUGGAGUUUGCCGGCCAAGAACCGAUCCUUUACCGUUCCCAUGCCUUCGUGAGCUUUUUCGCGCGCGGAAUAUCAGUGGACGAAGAGGACGACAGUCCGGUGACCAUUGCGACCGCUACCGAAGCGAAGGAAAAUGGAAAACCUGAACGUGCUACUAGUAACACCGACGGCUCGGUGAAUGGUGGUGCAUUGGAAGCGACGGCCAAGGGUAAUAUUGAGACAAUAAGGCAGCAGCUAGGAAUACGUCGGCCGGUCGAGCUGAGUUUAGUCGAUCCGAGGCGCGAUGGCACGAUCGAGACGCCCUGUUGUUCGAGUACGAGCGGUGGAGAGGGCGAUGAGGACGAGGAUGAAGUGGAUGGUUCUGAGACACCACAACCAGCCGCAGCACCAGCACCUCCAGUGACAGCAGCCAAUGAAGCAGAUGGGUACAGCAGUGCCGGUUCGCUGAUCGGCUCCGAGACGGGCUCUCUUUCUCGAGAGCCCUCGGAAGAGGAGGCGGCGGCAGCGGCGGCCAUGGAUUACCUUGUUGACGCUGCAAUCGUAUUCAGCAAAGCGGUCGAAGCCGAAGCAAACGGGGACUACAAGGAAGCGUUCGAGCGGUACAAAGCAGGCAUCGACCGGUUGCUAAGCGGGGCGAAGGAUGAUGCAAAUGUCACUAGGCGCCGGAUUGCGAAGGAGAAGAGCGGCAAGUAUGUAUCGAAGGCCGAAGAGAUCUACGAGCGGUAUCUACGGGAAGCCGAAGAACAGGGCAACCGUGCUGGUGAACAGCCGGAGCUUGGCCCCAUUUUCCCCGAUGAUCCCAGCUCUCCGAUACAGCUGCUCGAGCGGCCGCUCAACUAUCUGUCCCGUUAUAAGGUCGUCAAGGUGAUCGGUACCGUGAUGCAGGUGCAGGACGUGACCGAUAAACAGUUCUACAUUAUGAAGAGCAUUAGACGACCGCUACCGUCGUCGGCAGGACUGCCGAUCCCCAGUGCUGCCGUCUUCCCACAGGAUGUGCCUUACAUGGUACCGCUGGUGGCGUACUUCCAAUCGACGGAUGGUUGCAUUUUUCUGUUACUCCGCCUGGUGUGUGCCGGUAAGCUGUGGGAUUUCAUUCGUUCCUACCGUAAACCAGUAACUGAACGCUAUUGCCCGACACCUACACCGGAGGAUGCGGAAGAGCUGCAUGAAUGCAGCGAAGCGGUGGUGGGGGAAGAUUGUCAGUACGAUCGUGAAGCGGAUUCAUGCGGUACAGCCGAUCGAUGUGAUGCGGGAUUUCUCAAUCUCAUUCAGGAGUACAGCAAUAGUAGCAAUGCAAGGGGACCAACUAGCCAGCAGCAGGAGAAGGAAGAGACGACGCAACUAGAACAUUCCACUUCGAACAAGACUGAAGAGUGGGUCAGCGAGCGAUCUAAGGUGGCUAUGGAUGCAACGGAUGGUGCUUUCGAUACCGAUGAGAUCGGAAUGGAGGCGCACCCGGACGAUGAUUUCGCGGAACUGGAGCAGAGAGAACAAAAGGAGGAUAGUGAAGCAGACGCACCGGUGGUUCCUUCGUUCGAUGUCCUUUCGCAGGAUAUGGACGUGCAGGAGCUGCUAUCAUGCAGCCAACAGUUGCUGAAGGUGGUAGCCCAAACACUGGAAGAAUCUAGCGACCAAGCGGCGGAACUGGAGUCCGCGAGAGCAGAAGAAAAUCUCAAAAAUAAUAACAGUGUGGCUGGCAAGGAGAUGCAACUGCACGAAGAGGCCGCUGCUGAUGGUCGAGUAAAUAGUAAAUCUCACUCUAGUCAAUUAGCUUUAGCGACGACGGUCAGGACGGCAAGUAUUAACGAUAACGAUGGGCGACUGCCUAAUAGCGAGGAAUUGCCGAACGGAAUCCACCAUGGAUGUAGCGGAGAUCUACUACCGGAGGGUGUCGUACGUCGUUGGAUUAGCGAACUGGUGAUCGCUAUCGAUGCUCUUCACUUCAAUGGAAUUGUUUGCGGUGACCUGACGAUGGAUAACCUGCUGCUCGGUCCCGAAGGACAGCUGAUGCUGACGUACUUCCAUAGGCGUGGAGAAUCGUUCUUCAACCAGCAGGCAACGAUGACCGGAAGCAGUGUUACGGUUGCACCGAAGCAGUCCGCCAUUCGGGGCCUUUACGUGGCACCAGAGCGUCCACUGGAACCACGGUCCGAUUACUGGUCGGUUGGUGUGAUCAUGUUCGAGCUGCUAACGAAACGGUCCUUCGUCGCCUGCCACCCGUCUGGUGUGUUUUGUUACCACGAGGUCCAGUACCCGGAGGGUGUAGAGGUUUCGAGUGAGGCGCGAGAAUUGUUAGAAGGACUGCUGCAGCCGGACGUGGAGCGACGGUACGACUUCAAGCGAAUCAUCGCCAGCCCGUUCUUUCGAAGCGUCGACUGGAGCGAAGUCAAGCAACGAGGACAUCAUUCUUGGGACAAUAUCUCCCGUGGGAAAAGGCUCUAACGGGUCUUCGGAUACCAGCGUUCGCGUGUAGGUAUAUGUGUGUGUGUUUGUGUGCGUAUUGUGUAUUGAGCAUAAUAAGAAUAAAAAGAAAACCGCAAUUAUGUAUUCUCCAAA